GGGGUCUUGGCGGGGCGACAAGAUUCUCUGCUUAUAUUUUUUUGGCUCAGAAACAACCCGCGCCUGCCAGCCUCACGAAACUCGUCAAGAGACAGAGAGCAACACAUUGGGGCUGCUAGGUAGCGGUCACGGUGACGGGGACGAUGACUGCCGGAACAGACGACACCCAGCCGUUGCUCGGCCCCUUCACCGGCCAGAGGCAGCAGGGAUACUCCGCCCCUACCGCCGGUCCCGGAGAUGCCGCGGACGCCGCCGAGACGAUUGUCGUCGACUUCGACGCGGACGGCGACGCCGAGAACCCGCUCGAGUGGCCGACGCCGUUCAAAUGGGGCGUCGUGAGCCUGCUCGCAUGCAUGGCCUUCACCGUCACAUUCACCUGCAUCUCGGUGGUCCCGCUGGCGUCGGACAUCGUGCGCGACCUGUCGGCGUCGGCGAACCCGUCCAAGUCGGCCAGCGUGCUGCUCGUGACCAUCUGGGAGCUGGGCGAGGCCGCGGGCCCGCUGCUGAUCGCGCCGCUGUCCGAGAUGGCCGGCCGGCGGCCCGUCCUGAACGCGGCCAACCUGCUCUUCGUCGCCGCCACCGUGCUGGCCGCCACCAGCCGCAGCGUGCCGCAGUUCGUCGCCGCCCGCAUGCUCAACGGCCUCGCCGUCGCCAGCAACGUGCUCAACCCGGCCAUCGUCGGCGACAUGUUCCCCAGCGACCAGCGCGGCAGCCCCCUCAGCCUGAUCUUCCUCGCCCCGCUGGUCGGCGGCGCCGUCGGCCCGCUGAUCGGCAGCGCCGUCGCCCAGGCCUUCGGCUGGCGCACCGUGCUCUGGGCCGCCGUCGUGCUGUCGUCCGCCUGCGAGGGGCUCUUCUUGACCUGCUUCCGCGAGACCUACAAGGUGGCCAUCCUGAGGAGGCGCGUGGAGAAGUUGGCGGCCGGGCACGCAGCGGGGUCGCGUCUGCGGUUCAAGACGGCGUUCGAUGACGCUGAAGGGGUCAGCGACGAGGGAUCCCCCUCCGACUGGAAGAAGCUACGCGACGCAGUGAUGCGCCCCGCCGUUGUCUUGUUCGGAAGCGGCGUGUUGAUGGCCAUGAGCCUGUUCGGCUCGCUUUUCCUCAGCUUCUUCUACAUCUAUAGCACCACCUUUUCCGACAUCCUGCUCGACGUGUACGAGCUGUCGCCGGUGGCUGUCGGCUUUUGCUUUACCAUCUUCUCCGCUGGCUCAACCCUUAGUGUCUUCAUCUGCAACAGCACUCUUGACCGCAUCUACGUCCGGAUGCGUGACGCGCACAAGGGUGUCGGCAAGCCUGAGUAUCGUCUCCCGCUGGCCAUCGCUGGUGCGUUCGCCCUAUCACUCUCCGUUGCGGCUUAUGGUUGGGCUGCCGAGUUGCGCCUCCCGCUGGCUUUCUUCGUGUUUACGGGCUUUGCCAUCGGCGUAGCCAUCAUGCUGGGCAUGAUUCCGGUGAUGGCCUACGUCGUUGACGCCUUCGGACUCUUCUCGGCCUCUGCCACGACUGGGGUCAUCGUAAUAAGGUGUCUCAUGAGCACGUGUUUGCCCUUGGCCACAACCCCUCUGGUUGAUAUGUAUGGCCAGGGAUGGGGCUUCUCCGUGCUGGCCGCUUUGGUCUUGAUUUUUGCCCCUAUCCCGAUCCUGAUGUUCCGAUAUGGGGCGCACUGGAGAAAGUUCUCCAAGUACACCAGGGAUGCAUGAACAUAAGCACUGCGUUAUGACGGACCGACCACUUGCAUGAUGAGACGAUGACGAUUUAGCUGUAUCUGUCUCUCUUCGCAACUUGUCGGCGGCGUUG